AUGCUCCGUAUCUUCCUCAAGAUUGCCUUCCUCCUCUACUCCUUUGAGAGUCAUGGCCUGAAUGCCAAGAAGCCCCUCUAUACAGUCACCUGUAACGGAGGGUUUUCAUCUUACACGGGCGGUCAUUACAAUAGAGCAUGCAGGCUUAUACACGAUGGAGAAAGACAUUACAACUGCAGAAUCGAAAAUUGCUGGGAUGAUAUUAAAAAAAAUCAAUGGGUUCCUUUCAAUCGCUGCCAACUCGCCAACUCUCCAAACAAGCAGCUAUCGAAUCAACAAUGCUCGUCAUAUAAUUAUAGGGGAAGUGACUCCGAUGGAAAGAGCAAGGGUUAUGAUUGUACCACCGCCGGAGGUGUGCAAUAUGUUUGCCCAGACUAUGCUCCUGAUACUGUGAAUUCCUUGACGUGCGAGCAUUGCCGUGCCGGAAACUGGUAG